AUGGUAUUAAUGAAGUUGCCAAGAGGUUCCCACUUUAAGAAAGAAAAUGUCAUUCUUGUUGGUGUCAUCCCUGCCCUAAACCAUGAGCCAAAAUCCCUAAAUCACUUUGUUGAGCCAACUGUUAAUGAAUUGAAUGCCCUCUGGAAAGGAGUCAAGGUAAACACUUAUGAAAGUCCAUUUACUGCUGUAGAAAUUCAGGCAGCAGUAUUGUGUUUUGCAUCUGACAUUUGAGCAGCACAGAAACUUUGUGGAUUCCUUGGACACAGUGCAAAGAGAGGCUGCUUUCAUUGCUACAAGAUCUUUCCAGGUGGUUUUGGAGAAAAGAGGAACUACGGUGGCUUUGACGACCGAAAUCAGUGGCCAAAAAGAUCUUCUGAACAGCACAGAAGAGAUGCAAACAGAGUUAAGAACUGUAAAUCUAAGUAUGCUUCUGAUAAGCUAGCAAGCGAACUGGGAUGCAGAUACACUAAUCAGUUAGAACUCCCUUAUUAUGCAAGUAUAGAGAUAUGUAUAAUUGACCCCAUGCACAACUUGUUUCUUGGAACAGCUAAAAGGGUCUUCACUAAAUGGAUUGAAGAUGCCAUAAUCACUAAAGAAGGACUGCAGACCAUUGAAGCAAGGAUAGAAGAAGUUUCAUCUUUAUCAGACAUUGGUAGGCUACCUGGAAACAUCAAAUCUAAUUAUGGAAGCUACACUGCUGCCCAUUGGAAAAACUUUGUUGUUCUAUUUUCAAUGUAUGCUCUGAAAGAUGUACUUCCUGAACAACACCUUCAUUAUUGGCAAUCCUUUGUAUUAGCAUGCCGCCUGCUCUGCAGACCCUGCAUAAAUAGGACAGACUUGAUGGUUGCAGAUUGUAAACUUUUACAUUUUCUCAAGGAUUAUGAGAAAAUUAAUGGAGAACUGUACAUAACACCCAAUAUGCAUCUCCACCUUCACCUCAGGGAAUGUGUGGAAAAUUAUAGCAGUAUUUAUGGAUUUUGGCUGUUUAGCUUAGAAAGAUACAAUGGCAUUUUAGGAUCUUACCACACAAACAACAAGACUGUAGAAAUACAAAUCACGCGGAAGUUUGUGACUUCUGGAACUCUGGCGAAUAUGCAAUAUAGUUUACCAACACAGUACAGUGAUCUCUUCCUGCCCAACUGCAAAGCACAGCUUGAAUCCAAAGAGAGACAUGAAGAAACCAGUCUAUUUCCACAACUA